AGCGGCUGACGUCAGGAGGAGAGCGGAGUGAGAGGAGUUGAAAUAGGGCAGAGCAGGAGCGUAGCGCUGAGAGGAAACCAGCCGGAGGAGACGAACGAUGGCAAGCCACUGCUGAGAGUUGGGACGCGCUACCCGUCGCUACUAACGCAGCUGCUACUGAUACACCAGCCCGUAAUUAAUCUGAACCCUUUAAACCUGCCGAGCGGGAGGAGAGGAGUGGAACUAAAAAAGCGCAGUUUGGACGCGUCGCCGCGAGGAAAUCUGUGGCAUAUUUGCUCGAAUUCCCUUUCUUUCUUGCCUCGGAAUAGCACAGGAAGACACUCAUGGGCAGCCUGGGUGUUUGGGCUGUGGCUGUGGCCGCUCUGCUGGGAACCUCAGGGUGCUGGCUGGCUGACGGGCACAAGAGCAGCAGGCGAGGCAGCAUUGAUACAGCCAGCAUGUCACGUAUCUCCUUCCAGGAACCAAACUCCAUGGAGAAGGGGAAAGCAGACGGGAACAUCGAUCAAUCCCUUUCUGACCCAGAUGGAGGUCCCUGUCGGAGGACCUACUGUGGACGGGGUCGACAGUGUGUGCUGAUGGCAGAAACCGGCCGUGCUGAGUGUGUUUGCCAGGAAAAAUGCCGGCCCUCCUUUGUGCCAGUGUGUGGCUCAGAUGGCAGGUUCUACGAGAACCACUGCGAGGUUUACCGCACCGCCUGCCUGGAGAGGAGACGGAUCUAUGUGGUGCACAGCAAGGACUGCUUCUUCAAAGGCAAUGCAUGCACCAUGUCGGAGUACAACAGGCUGAAGAGCAUGCUGCUGGAUAUGCAACCUAAAGUGCCGAAGACUGGAGAGCAGAGCCAGCAGAGGGACAUGGAGGAGAAGAGAGCACUGGUGGACACCAUGUUCAAAUACCUGGAUGUGGACCAGGACGGCCUGCUGGUCAGUGAUGAGCUGGAAAAGAUCUCUAUGAAGGAGCACCUGGAGGACAGCCUGCUGGAGUGCACCAUGCAGGACCUGCUGCGUUACGACGACUACAACAACGAUGGACACCUCAGCCUCCAUGAGUUCUACACAGCUUUCCAGGUUGUGCAGUUGAGCCUGGCGGAGGACCAGAAGAUCAGCGUCUCCACUGUAACAGUGGGCCUCAGUGCCGUCCUUACCUGUGCUAUCCAGGGGACGCUGCGCCCGCCAAUCAUCUGGAAAAGGAACGGCAUCAUACUAAACUUCUUGGACCUGGAGGACAUCAAUGACUUUGGGGACGAUGGCUCCCUGUACAUCACCAAGGUGACAACAAUCCACAUGGGAAACUACAGUUGCCAUGCCUAUGGCUAUGAAGACCUCUAUCAGACACAUGUGCUGCAGGUGAAUGUUCCUCCAGUGAUCCUGGUCUAUCCAGAGACGCAGGCCCAGGAGCCCGGUGUAUCUGCCAGUCUCCAAUGCCACGCCGACGGCAUCCCAAAUCCCAAACUCCUCUGGCUGAAGAACGGCAUGGACCUGCAGCCCAGAUCCUCCAAACAGCUCUCUCUCAUAGCAAAUGGUAGUGAGCUCUUUAUUGGCAGCGUCCGGUACGAGGACACCGGAGCCUAUACCUGCAUUGCCAAGAACGAGGUGGGAGUGGACGAGGAUAUCUCCUCUCUGUUUGUUGAAGAUUCGGCCAAGAAGACCCUUGCAAACAUUCUGUGGAGAGAAGAAGGGUUGAGUGUGGGGAAUAUGUUCUAUGUGUUUUCUGAUGAGGGCAUCACUGUUCUUCAGCCCAGUGAAUGUGAGAUACGCAGACACAUGAAGCGGACAGAGAGGAUUGUUGCUACCUAUGAGGAGAUGUGCCCUAAAGGUGAAGGAGUGUCACCUCAGCACUGCGUGUGGUCCUCAGCAGUCAACAUCAGGGAUAAGUACAUCUAUGUGACCCAACCACUCCUGAGCCGACUGCUGGUUGUCGAUAUUCAAGCACAGAAGGUGGUGCAGGCAAUAGCAACAGAUCCUUUUCCAGUGAAGAUGCUCUAUGACAAGUCACAUGACCAGGUCUGGGUCCUAACAUGGGGGGAUAUGGACAGAACACAUCCAACACUACAGGUAAUUCCUCAAGCCAGUGUGGGAGAAGUACAUCAUGCCAUCCGCACAACUUUCCAGAGGGUCAACGACUUCUUCAUUCCUCCAACCAACCUCAUCAUCACUCACGUGAGGUUUGCCUUUGUCUUCCUCAAAAAUGAACCUGCGGUACACAAGAUUGACCUGGAGACCUUCCACCGCGUCAAGACCAUCAGCCUGAAGAACUACAGCUGCAUACCACUCAGCAUGGCCUACACACAUCUAAGCGGCUUCUACUUCGUCCAGUGCCAGAGCAAGAGCCACCUGCAAGCCCCACCCCAGCUCCUCAUCGACAGCGUGACAGACGCGGUGAUUGGUCCAAACCUAAACAUCACAGGCCAGCCUUUUGUGUCACCGGACGGCCGCUACAUUGUGACACCUGACCCGCAGAGCUCAAAGCUGAUAGUACAGACAGUGUCAUUCCAGGGGGAGCUGGGUCUGAACCAGGAACUGGACGAGCCCGUAGUUGUCUCUGAUCUGGCUUUCCAGCCUUCCUUCACGGAGUCCAACCAGAAUGUGGUUGUGGCCACCUCGGGCUCAGGCACGGACCUACUAUUUGCCGAUCUGUCCUCGGGCCGCACUGAGGUUCUCCGGAGCCUCAAGGAGCCCCUGGCCCCCCAAGCCUGGCCCUGGGGAGGCCCCAACAGAGUGGUGGUCUCCAGCGGGUUGUUCGGACAGUACCUGGUGACGCCGUCAGCAGAAUCCCUCUUUGUCCUGAACGGCAAACAGAGAACGCCGCACUGCGAGGUGUCAGACAUCAAGAGAGGGAACACAGUUGUCUGGGUCGGCGAGGUAUGAGUAAAAAAACAAACAAAAAAAAACAAAACAAGAAAGCAGGAGACGUAGGAUUAGGGACAGACGUAAAUUAAAAAAGGAAAUGGAAAGAUCGGGCCAAAUUACCUAUAAUAAAGAUUUGUGAACAUAACUUGUGGACACAACCGUGGGACUGAGCAAGAGGGAUACAUGCCUGGGUUUAUUGUAACAAAAGUACACUUAAAAAUAGAGUAAUUGAGAAAACAUUAAGAAACCCUGAUGUGAUAUUUCUAUUGGGAGAAAGUGUCAAUGCCGUUCAGUGCAACAGUGAUCUAUGUGCACUUAACUAUACCGAAUUGUACAUUAUUGCACUUCCUUCCAUGUUAUCACAGCAAAUAGGUACCUGAAGAGGGUUUAUUAACGAACUAUGAACUAUGCACAAUGCUCACUUUUUUUAGAGUAAAAAGCUUUCCGAUUUUGUUUAACUCAACAAUGUUUGUCGUUUUCACCAGUGCUGCAUAUAAUCACCACAAACUGUCGGUCUGUCCUGUCUGCCUUUAGUGUAUGUGUGUUCUGAGUCUUUUAAAAGCUACCAACCCAUCUGUUUACUCGCCUUUGUCAUGGUAUUGUACUGUAUCCUCCCUCUGAAAGCUGUCAUUCUCCUCAUAUCGGCAGAAGUUGGCUUUAUGCACAUGUGUAAUACCCUCUAUUUACAUUGUCUAUCCAAAGAGCCCAAUUGGUCCAUUAGCCGUCGACAAUGGAUGUUUCGCUUGCAGGGGAAGCCUAACCAGAAAUGAGCAGUACAUCUUGUGUCUCUUGCAAUGGUAUAAUCUGUCCCCCGCUAUCUCUCACAUUUAUUCUGUACCUGCAGCACAACUCUGUGCUGUGGAGCCUGAAAAUGCCACUUAGCAGAUUCCCUCAGGGUAAUGACUCCGCUUUACGAUGACCCACAUGCUGAGGCUGUGCCAAAGUGGCAUCAACUCCGCUAUCUGACUGGCUGUGAGCAUUUGUACAUCGUCCCAGAGAGCCAUACAUCAAGAUCAAACUCCAAGGCAGGUAGACUAUACUCACCAUGUGGUAAUUAUUCAGCUUUACUUAUAACUUUACUUUAUCACAGAGAAAAAGUUUCUGGAUUUGUCAUUUGUGCAGUUAAAAUUAUGCUGUCUCAAAACCUAGCUGCCUGUUUCAAAAAUAGGGAUACAAUUUUACAGACAUUAGCAAUACGUACUGUUACUUGUUAACUUACUAAAAUGACUAAUUGUACAGGUUUGUUUAUCAUUAUUAUUAUUAUGAAAGAUUGUAUAACUACUUUUGAAAAACCCGGUAUUAUCUGUCUCGAGGUAGUAACCGAAUAAACACCAGCAACUCUUCAUCUAUCAAAAUAGUAGAGAUAUUUUCUUUCUGUGGUUGAGCUGCAUCAUCUUCUGCGUAAUUUGCUUUUUCCAUUUGCACUAAUCAUCAUAAUGACGAUCCAUUAACAGCAAGACAGCACUGCUGCUUGUCUGCAGAUGUAAUAGUAUUAUCAGAAAUUACUGGAAACAUAGUGUCUCUUAAACAUUGCUGCCUCUUGACAGUAGUGCCAAGGUCUGUGCAUGAAUACUUAGCUUGGGCAACACACUUGAUGGCUCUUAGUAUUGGCUAAAAUAGGUGCCAGUUUGGGGACAAUAGCUUUUUCCUUUUUUUCUUUUCUCUCCUUAUGCUGCUCUGUGCCUCCCAGCCUGAAACUACAGCUAAAAGAUAAAUGUAAUUAAUAUAAAUGUCAACAUUCAGCUGUCAGUAUCCUUUACCAUCUGCCAUUUUUGCUUAAUUAUAAAAUAAAUCAAGAGCUAUUCUUCAAUAAGCUGAUUCGUAUAGCAGGCAACAUUUGUAUUCUCCCUAAAUACGCAUUUAAAUAAUUCUUAUUUAUAAGCUUGCUACUAAUUUUAAAAGCUGCUUGACAUUACCUGGUUGAGAAUUAAAGAAUUGCAUACUUAGGAAACUAACAACUUCCAUGGAAAGAGGAAACAUUUUCUUGUGCUGAAAUAUGAUUGGAAGCUCCCUUGUACACACAGUAUGUAAUCACUGCACAAAUACUCACAGCCUUUAAGAUUUUGCAGUUGUCGACGUUUUUUUUGGAGUGUCAAACAAAAAGUCUGUCAGGGUCCUGUUAGAAAAGUGUACCGCUGUAAAUCUGGAGUCUUGUGACUGGAGUAUAUAUCCGCUCGUGUGUUGGGGUUUUUUUCCCCUCCCAGAAACAAAACAGCAGCCCAAAUUAAAUAUUAAUCAUCUUCUCCUAAUAUGUAGUUGUGCCUGUAACUCCCCAAUGCAAUGCAAUGUGUAGGGUAGAAACCAAGCUGUGUAAGAAAAAAAGUAAACACAGGAGUGAAGCAGAUUUGUCUUUUUUGUUUGUGAUUUAGGUAUUUGCUGCUAAUCUGCCAUGAAAAUCCAUUCUGGCAUGAAAGCCUGUUUGAUGAACUUUAUGAAUGAUUUAAUGAUUCCUAGACCACUGUUGCACUGAGGAGAGAAACAUAAUAACCUGACAUACAUUUGUUUAUUGAAUGGAAAUUGGUUGCCCAAUUUUCUCACUAUCAAUGAAAAAAAAAUCUUAUUGUUAAAAAAAAUAAAUAAAUCAGGCUCUGGUGCUUCUUAAAGUCACUCCCCAACGGCUCUAAAUGAGUAAUCUAUCCAAGACGUGCAUGUAAUGAAAAUAGAUCUUCAUGAUUAUCAUUAUCAUUGACCUCUCAGUGAUCUCUCACAGUCACAUACGGUUUACAGUUGCUUGUGAAAAAGUCACUUUUCUGCCCUCUCAUUGUCACGUCUGUCAGCUUAUCUCUUAAGGUCGAUUCAGCAGUAUAACAUCGCUACUAGAGCCAAGGAGAGCAAGAACAAAGAGGCCGCACCUGCGCUUGCUGAUAUAACUACAUUAUUGGCUAGCACAUGUCGUUUGUUUGGAUCUACCUUCAGUGUCACAUGACUAUUUCCGUACCUCUCCUCCUUUAACCCUUGAGUAAGGGGCUGCAGAGCUGAACCGCUUGUUGUGAUAGACAUUGAUAGGAACCACUGUUGUAGAUAAUUGUUCAUGUUUAGAACACGUUCAGACAUGACGAAACUGACUGUACAGUUUUCUUUAUGCAUUUUGUGUGUUCUGGUUUAUGAGGGAAUUGUUUUGUAAGAAAAAAAUCGAAUUAAAUAUAUUGUAAAAAUCA